AGGUUCAAUAUCCGCGGGCUGCAACCUGUGUCAAAGCCUGCCGGCCAUAAUAGCCGCACGUAUAUAAGACCGAGCGGGCAAGCUGGAUCUUGCUUCAUUCGAUUCUCCUACUACGUCAGAGUGAGUGAUACUUUCGCAGAACAUCUUCAGAGCCAGAAUUCGUCUUGUCCCAGUCACCUCUUCUUCGCUUGCCCGUGAGCCAUGUCUUCCGCUGUGUUUCUUGAGGGGGCUGGCCGCCCGGACGUUGUUAGUAAAGCCCAGCAGCAUCAUGGAGAGACGACCGGUGAGCCCAUAGCUCCUCUAAUCCAUUCCAGCGAGAGAGUUUUUGGCCUUGACAAAUCAACUCGUGCACCUUCGAUCACCCCAACUACCAUCACCAACCAGGUUCACCGAGUCACGGCAGAGGCUGCAACCGUCCAUUCUCAGUCUGCAACUCGCUCGGCUAAGCGGCCCGCUGGCAGUGGUCGCCGCCGCGCCCGCACCAAUUACACUCCGGAGCAGCUUAGCGGACUUGAAGCGCUCUUCGAAGAGACACAGUACCCGGGCAUCGAUGAGAGGGAGAGACUUGCUGAUUCUGUGGAUCUCUCUGAGGCGCGGGUUCAAGUUUGGUUUCAGAACCGAAGAGCUAGACUUCGCCGAAAAGAACGCGAUUCCCAAGGCAGUGCUUCGUCCCCGGAAUCGGCCUCAACGAAAGCCUCCGUCACCCCGAUCAGACCAGUCAAAACCGCCAAGAAUUCUAGCAGCAGGCCGUCAACCUCUUCGAGUCUUCAGAGCUCCUCCGGCUCGGUGUCCCCGCCAGCCACUUCCAAGGCUGUGGGUCACUCCUCGCACGUGUCGCCAUCUCGGUACCUAGGCGCCUGCGCUCAGUCUUGCUACGUUCCCUCGACUCACUCCGGCGGACAUCUCAUCCAGUCUGGUGCCCAAUACCUCAACGGGGCUUCCCGUGGCUACUACCCGUGGACAGCGUUGAGUGCCUUCCAGGCAGCACCAUCCAGUUACCCUUAUGGGUACAUCUAUCCCGCGGCCAGACCUUUCUACUUCGACUACACCCUGCCUCCGUCUGCCUCUUUGCCGAUGACAUCGAUCCAUGAGGUCACCGCUGGACUUGACUCAUCUGCUGCCGUGACUUCGUUUUCCGAUGUACUUUAAAUAUGUGAAGGCUGCGAGGCGCAGCAUGAUCUGUAAAAAAUAUUAAGUGUGUAAAUGAAAGCACCAACUUUGAACUGUACAUAGUUUCAUAGCAUUAAACGAAUGAGCCUGGAAGAUUCACAUUUUUGGAAAAAUGUUUAUAUACUUCAUUUACAUGUCCAAAAAGUCUAAAAAAGAAAAAAACUUAACCUUCAAGCUCCCCCAAAUUACAACCUGCAUAACGUGGCUUGUUUCAAUGGGGUUUUAUUAAGUUUUAUACUGACUUCUUGUAUACAUGUAAUUAUACACCUAAUUUCCUUUUUGUUUUGUAAUGUCAACAUCAGUUAAGCGUCGUGUAGAAAUGAAAUAAAACGUGGAAGACUGCUUUUAGUGAAUAAGCUUUGACAGAUUAUUUUCCACAUGUUUCGUAAUUUUUUGUUUCUGCGUUUUGACUAAAUUGCGAGAAAAGUGAAUCAACA